AUGAAACGUUUCACACUCACACAAGCAACCCUAUAUUUAUCGCUGCUUGCUCGUCUCUCCAACGCUCAACCCCUUUCCCCCAAAGAUUCGCCUAAACUGUGCGUGAAGAGCUGUGAGAAUUCCCUCAAGUCUGUGCGGUAUAGCGAUGUCGAUCCAACAACAUCACCUCGUCGACAGGCAUGUCAAAGCCGCCUCGCGUUAUCAUCAGAGUAUCUAUGCCUUGAUCUAAACUGUGGAGCCGAGACGCGCAACUCUGCUCUGCAACAUCGCAAUGCGACCUGUUAUGCCACUUUCGGGAGUCCCAUUCCGGCCUUUAAGAGAGAUUACACAUAUGAAGAAAUUGCCGGAUUAACAAAAGUCGGUAAGAAUGAUUCGUUUGACGCUGGAAACACAUCGCAAGAGGUGGUAAUCCCGUCACCUGAAUGGUUCAUGUUGUGGUUCGAUACCUUGGAUGCCGUAGAAUACGCCCGUAGACAUCAUUAUGCAUAUGGUAUCGGAGUAAUGGUAUUCUGGGCUGCGGUGGUGUUUGUAGGCGUCGCACAGCACAACUUUGACUCUGUCGGAAUCUGGACAGAAACCGGAUCGUGGUUCAAGCGCAACAUCACCAUUCCCGCGACAUUUGGGUACAGAUGUGCGCAAAACGUGUGGUGGGCCACGAUUCCACCGCGCAUCCAGUCACUCACAAUUACACUGUUUCUUAUAAUGAACAUUGUUUUCUGCAUACAUGGCUAUAGAAUCAUUGAUGAAAAUCUCUAUUUUGACGGGCCAACUAGACAGGUGUUGCGCUACGUGUCAGAUCGGACAGGAAUAGUGUCCUUUGCUAAUUUCCCUUUUAUUUGGCUGUUCGGAAUGAGAAAUAAUGUUGCCAUGUGGCUUACCGGCUGGGAUUUUGGGACAUACAACAACUUCCACCGAUGGUGUGCCCGAAUUUCGACCCUCGAAGCCGUUGUUCAUUCCAUUCUUUACACUGUUCUUAUCUUUAUGAACGGAGGCUGGAAUUAUUAUGCAUUUUGGUUUACCAUGUGGUUUUGGAACGCCGGUCAAAUCGCCACUAUUGCUAUGUGUGCACUAUUAAUACUUUCCGUCUAUUGGAUACGACGUCGCUUCUAUGAAGCAUUCCUCAUCAUACAUAUCGGACUCUCUAUUCUUAUCCUCUUCACAAUGCUUGGCCAUGUUUCAAUAUUUAAUGGAGAAUACGAUGCUUUGUUUUGGGUGCCUGCAUUUAUUUGGGUUUUUGAUCGAGUAAUGCGACUUCUACGAAUCAUCAUAUACAAUCCUGGACGUUGGUCAACUACUGCAUUGGCCAGCUACAGCGACUCCGCAAACAUCAUCCGUUUGACCAUUCCCACCGAUAAUGCUCUCUACAAGAUCCGAUCCGGCAAUUUCUUCUAUUUAAUGGUCUUGAACGACACGCGCUUUUGGGAGAGCCAUCCAUUUACUGUUGCAUCGACCUCGGGCGAACUUUCACAGUCAUCGGAGUACUCUGAUGAAGAAGAGCCGCUUUUGACUUCACCGACGAUUGCGACAGAGAUACAACUUGAGUGCAUGGCCUCUGAACCAAAGAAACAAUACAUGACAUUUCUUAUUCGGCCAUAUAAUGGCUUCACUAAGCGCCUCAGGGAUAUGUUGGCUGACGAACAAUCGAGCUCGAGGCCUCUUAAGGUACUAGUAGACGGACCGUAUGGCCAUACGCAACAGCUUCAAGAGUAUCGGCAAGUCGUAUUCAUUGCUGGCGGAUCCGGAGUUGUCGUUGCUCUCUCAUACUUGAAAGAUCUUUGCGACGAGAUGAAGGCGCCUACCACAAUCGAGCUACACUGGGCUGUCCGAGAGCCUACAUUCGUACGAGAUGUUCUUUCCAAAGAGGCCAAAAGUGCCCUUGACACAGGCAGAUUAUCGCUGCAUCUCUACAUGUCUUCAGUGAAUGACUUUAGCACGAAUGAUUUGCCAAGCACGGUUGAGCGGCAUGUUGGCCGACCAAAUAUUCACUCAGUCGUCAUGUCGGCAGCAUGUGGUGCUCAGGGCAGCAAUUUGGCCGUCGUGGCAUGCGGGCCUGCUAAAAUGGCCGACGAUUCACGGCUGGCGGUUGCCGAUGCAUUAAAGAAUGGGAAUCACAAUAUAGACUAUUAUGAGGAGAGCUUUACAUGGUAG